UUUAUCGACAAUAUACCCUCAAAAGUCCCUUUCCAAACUUGUGGCAGGUUCACUUUCAAUAUUAAAUUCGAGAUCAUUCUGUUCCAAUGCACUGACAUAUCGACGCACUUAUAUGACUCACACGUGUUUAACUUGCAGAGAAAGUUCAACGUGUUUUGACCAAACGAAGAAAAGUGAUAGGAUUGCCGGUUCUCGCAAAAAUAGGAGCUACUGCGCACUGCAGUGAAACUUUUUUAUGUGGCAUGAUAGUAAAAGUUUAUUGUUCUUCGAAUCACAAUCGUCUUCAUUGUGCGUUAGAUCGUCUGUGUGCUUUCAUGUUUGUUCAGCUUCGUCUGACAAGAAUAUUAACUUUUCAGCAUUUUAUCUUUUAUAUACAAGUGUAACCGAUAGUGUCAGUUCAGUGGGUACACAGCACAGUGAUAACGGGAAUGAGCCGAUUUCGUUGUGAGUGAUAGUGUUGGAUAAAGUGUAAAAUGUUGGUGUCUGCCGCCUCGUCAGCCAACCUGACGAGCCACUCUCUUUCCUCCAUGUUUCGGAGGCGCCGAAACCGCUCACCCGUCACGACUCGACCGGAGAAGCAGCACUCGACCUUGGCAUCAGGUCCACCUCCACCGGCCCCCAUCGUGCCAAGGGCCGCCGAUGGGCCCCGCCCGCCCGGCUGGAACGGCCAGCCUCGGAGACACGGCUCCAGCCGGUUCAACGUCCACAGCCACAACCAGGAGCUGGUGAAACUACCACCUAUUAAAGAUGCACCAGCGGCGGAGCGUGAACAGCUAUUCGUUCAGAAGCUGCAGCAAUGCUGUCUCCUGUUCGACUUCGCAGACGAGCCGCUUUCAGACCUCAAGUGGAAGGAGGUCAAGCGUGCUGCCUUGUUGGAGAUGGUGGAGUACGUGACGUCACAGAGAGGCGUCAUUACAGAACCUAUAUACCCUGAGGCGGUUAAUAUGUUCGCAAUAAACCUAUUCCGGACACUGCCGCCGUCAUCAAACCCCAACGGGGCGGAGUUCGAUCCUGAGGAGGACGAGCCGACCCUGGAGGCCGCCUGGCCACACCUGCAACUGGUCUACGAGCUGUUCCUGAGGCUGCUGGAGUCGCCCGACUUCCAGCCCAACAUCGCCAAGAAGUAUAUCGAUCAGAAGUUUGUUUUACAGCUCCUAGAACUGUUCGACUCGGAAGACCCUCGGGAGCGCGACUUCCUAAAGACGACGCUGCACAGGAUAUACGGAAAGUUCCUAGUUCUACGCGCGUAUAUACGGAAGCAAAUCAAUAACGUUUUCUAUAGGUUUAUCUACGAGACGGAGCAUCACAACGGCAUCGCGGAGCUGCUGGAGAUCCUCGGCUCCAUCAUCAACGGGUUCGCGUUGCCGCUCAAGGAGGAACACAAACUAUUCUUAUUGAGGGUGUUACUACCGUUGCACAAGGCGAAGUCGCUGUCAGUAUAUCACCCGCAGCUGGCAUAUUGUGUCGUGCAGUUCCUGGAGAAAGACCCCUCGCUAACUCAACCUGUAGUCAGGGCGUUACUAAAGUACUGGCCGAAGACUCACUCGCCGAAAGAGGUGAUGUUCCUCAACGAGAUGGAGGAAAUACUCGACGUGAUCGAGCCAGCAGAGUUCCAGAAGAUCAUGGACCCGCUGUUCAAGCAGCUCGCCAAGUGCGUCUCCAGCCCACACUUCCAGGUAGCAGAACGAGCUCUCUACUACUGGAACAACGAGUACAUAAUGUCGUUAAUAUCGGACAACGCGACGCACAUACUACCCAUCAUGUUCCCGUCGCUAUACCGGAACACCAAGAGUCAUUGGAACAAGACUAUACACGGCCUUGUGUAUAACGCGCUCAAGUUGUUCAUGGAAAUGAAUCAGAAGUUGUUCGAUGAAUGCACGCAGCAAUAUAAGCAGGAGAAACAGAAAGAGCGAGAGCGUCUCCUGCAGCGCGAGGAGGUGUGGCAGGCGCUGGAAGCCCGCGCCGCCGCCGCGCCCGCCGCCCGCGACUGCGACGACUUCACGCUCACGUACCAGCGCAUCGACCAGGAGGCGCAUGAGCUAAGAAAACAAGGCUACAACGCGAGCAAACCUCUUCUACGCAAGAAAUCGGAGCUACCCGCCGACUCGACGACCGUCAAAGCGUUGAUCGAGCACAAGCGAGCCGACGCCUACCUUCCCACGCCGCCCGACGUCAACCAGUGCUAGCGAAGUUACUGAGAGACGCUUCCACAAGCCUCGGGAACAACUUCCUACAGUUGUUGACUGCAAUAACAAGUAAUAUGUACGUGGAAUCUACCCUAAUGUAUGAAAAGAGGGGGGAUGUUGUUGAAAUGUGGUGAUGAAAAUUAAGAUUAGACAGGGUAAGAUCAAUUCCAGAACAGAACAAGAUAGUCGACAACGGCCUGCAAUGUUGAGCAAUCAAAUUAAAUUAUGAAAAAAAAAUUAUACAAAGAAUUAUACCAAGUUUCUAAAGUGCCGGACUUUUGACCGCUGGCAACACCGGUCACCCGAGUGUGAGCGAGAGGACGCUAUAUGAGUGACGAGUGACGCAAUGUGCUCGAUAUUGAUUAGUUAGUACACAUAUAUUAUUACGGUAGUGUCCUUUUGUUGAUGUUUUAUAUCCACCGGUCGGCAGUCGCGUUCGGAUCGCGUGAUAACCGACCAAUAGGAGGCCGGGUCCUUUUGCAUGCUGCGCCGCCAUUGGUCGGUUAUCACGCCAUAUAAAUUGCUACUUAAAUGUAUCGGAGCACUGCUGUUAUUGUAUUAUAAUGUAAAAGAAGUUAAAUUCGCCGCGUUGUCGACCUACCUACAUUAUACGGAGAUGUGAUGCAAAUUGUGAGUGACUGGGAUGUAGUUUUUAUUGUCUUUCACGAAAAUUAUUGCUGACUUACAGAACUUUGUGUAGAAAAUUGACAUACUGGCCCUGUUUUAAACUCCUUAGAAAAUCUUUAUCCUUUUAAUACUUCAAUGCUACUUCAUUUUCAAUUUUAUAGGCAAUAAAAAACCUUAUGUCAAUAAUCCUACAGUUCAAAUUCUAUCGUAAAACUGUCAAUAUAUGAUCUGCUUUCCUAUAUUUUCAACAAGCUUCCGCCAGCGGCUUCGCCCGCGUGGUGUGUUGAUAAAAAGUAGCCUAUGUGUUAAUCCAGGGUAUCACCUAUCUACAUACCAAAUUUCAAUCAAAUCGGCCCAGCUGUUUUUGCGUGAUUGAAUAACAAACAUACAUCCAUAUAUUCUCUCAAACUUUCACAUUUAUAAUAUAAGUAGGAUUCGCAUCACAAAGCGGCUCGUUUGACUCGUAACUAAUUAUAAUUAUGUGACAGGUGAACAUCAUUCCACGCCAUUACCACCUACGAAACGUUUUAGCCCAAUCGUGUAUUAAUUUAACAAAUAUAUUUAGAUGUAUAAUCAUGUUGAUUUAAAUGCUUAGAAAAUUUAAAUAACUGGAGCCGCUGUGCUUACCUUUCUGCCAAUGGAACACAUAUAUACAAGUUUAUGCUUGUGUUUGUCAAUUUAAUGAUGUGAUCGAAAAUAUAUGAGUGAGCUAUCCAUGUGAGGCGUUGCCUCGUUGCGAGUUGUUGACAGACUUUCGCAAAGAGGUUGCGCUCAAAGCGGCUCCGGUUAUUCAAACGCUCUAAGCUUAAACGCCAUACUGUUUUAGAUCACGGGAGACUAUCAAUUGACUUCAUACAGUAAAGAGAAUGUAGUUUUCAUCAGUUUAAUUUGAUUCUCUCCCGUUUUUUAUGAGAGUUGUGACAUGUGCUUGUUAGGGGCUCGUUUUCAUAGCACGUGCUAGAAGUUAGAUGCCAUUCCCCAAUAUGCAAGCUUUCGUACUUCUACCGAGCACUUGUCACAACCCUAAUCUUUAAUUUAUUGUUUAUAGAAACCAAAUACAUGAACACAUGUUUACAUUACGCUAUCUAUACAUUAAAUAUAGAUAACAUUAUUUUUAUUAACGUUCCCAUAAUUAUGUAAAGUAUAUUUUUUAUGUCAGUUUGACAUAUUUUAAUUUAGUCGACCAUGUAUGGAGGGCGAGAGAAAACCCUGCACAAUACUAACGACGUAUUUCAUUUAAUCAUUACUAAAUAAUAUUUUAAAAUCUCGUGUUUCAUUUUUCUCGCCUAAGUACGGAAACAUAUUUAGCUUACGCGAUAAAUAAUUCCUAACUAAAUAAGUAGAGACAUAAGUGUUUCGGUUACGAUAAUAUAGGAUUGUAAUAAAUUGUAAUUCAACCGUCCUGCGGUACCAUGUUUGAUAAUGUAAAGACUAACGCGCUACCCGCUUCUUGCAUCUCGCUUGCAACACAUUUCGCUGUAGACGUUAAUACGUAACUACACAGUAUUCCCGCGACGUAAGCUGAGUAUGUCUCCGUCGGUACACUCGACGCGUAGUUAGUUUAUUUAUAAAGAGCAUAUGCCUAUCUGCCUUUAUGAAGUACCUUAAUUUUAUUACUCGGGGCACCCACGGUGAUGUAUUUCGAUUUAUUUUAAGUUUUAUUAUUUCGUGUGUAGAAAGUGCCAAAGGAGUUUGAGUUGAAGCCAUUUCAAACAGUCGACACUUUGUGUAAUGUAUGUAUAAAAUGUAUUAGAUGAGCUUCGGGGAUGAGAGAAUGCUCGAGAGCACCUAUGUAUGUAAUUAUUUAUUUUUUUAUUUAAACAUUAACUUACAUUAUUAUUGAGUGAUGACUGAAAGGGUAUACCAAGUGUUUUACGCAAAGUAUACGGUACUAUCGACUUACGUAGCUAGAUUUUGUAACUUUUAUAUUUAUAGUUAUUUGCAGUGACGUGUUAAAUGACGUUAAAGUUAAAUGUACAGUUUCGUGUUACAGGCAUAAGCCGCUAUUAUCUAAAUAAGGCCAGUUCCUAACAUUGAGGAAGAAGAUUUUCAAACGUGAUGCACAGUUGUGAAUAUCCUUAAGAUAGGUCGUAAAGCAUUUAUAAUAAUAUUUAGAGUUCCGAUUGUUAUAAAUUGUACAUCGUAAAUGAAACAAAAUUAGUGUUAUGUGUUUGAUCUCGUUAUAGCAACAGCACAUGUAUGAAAAUCUAUUUCCGACGAAGGAUUUUCACCGCUAGGCCUUAAACCUAGUCGAUAGUAUCAAAUACUUCCUCUCACAAGUUUCAACACGGCAAGUGACUGUACUGGAUUAUAAUUAACAGUUUUAAAAUAAGAUAAUAUAAUAAAAACUUAAUUAAUACGGAAUUUUCGCAAUAAGCUUCAGGUAAGCAAAUGAGUGCAAUGUUUUGAUAUACAUAUAGUGUCCCGGACAGUUACUUGCUGACUUUGUCUGUCUGACUGUGUGUUCGCGUGACGCAUGAUCGACAAAUGACCUCACUUUAGCGAAUUAUUUGCAAAACGCUGUUCAACAAAUUGAUAAAUUUUGUAUAAAUAUUUAUAACGAUAAUGUAACUGUUGAAAACAAAUAUUGUAACAGAUGACAUAUUAUAAGGUGCUUAUGAUUAUCGUUAUAAUACAAAGUUGUGCAUAUAA